AUGUCGUCUGAACAGCUGAAUGUCAUCGCCUUGGUCUCGGGCGGCAAGGACAGUUUCUACUCCGCUCUGCACUGCCAGAGGAACGGGCACCGGCUGGUCGCUCUCGCCAACCUCUUCCCCUGUGCCUCCGCCAGCGCCGGCGCCGAUGCCGCGCACUCGGCCCCGGAGACCAUCGUUUACAAGCCCACGGCGCAUCACCUGAAGGACACUCAGGGGCACCAGGGGGGAGGACAUGAGACUGGCAAAGGAGUCGAUGACGACGCCGACCUGAACAGUUUUAUGUACCAGACGGUUGGCCACCAGGUCAUACCCCUGUAUGCGGACGCCACCGGACUGCCGCUUUACCGCCAGCCUAUCUACGGCGGCGCCAAGUACGAGGGCAGGGACUAUGACGCCCAGGCCGUGGCGGCACGAGACGGCGAUGCGGUCCCCGAGACCGACGCGGACGAGACGGAGAGCAUGGUGCCCCUCCUCCGCGCCGUCAUGGCGGACCACCCAGAGGCCAAUGCCCUGUGUGCGGGGGCGAUUUUGUCGACGUACCAACGGACGCGUGUGGAAUCAGUUGCGCUGCGUUUGGGUCUCACGCCGCUGGCGUAUCUCUGGAAGUAUCCCGUGCUGCCGCCCGUCGUCCCGGGAGCCGUAGAGGACGCCCAGCUGCUUCACGACAUGGCAGCCGCCGGGCUAGAUGCGAGGAUCAUCAAGGUCGCGAGCGCAGGCCUCGAUGACGACUUCUUGUGGGAGAAGGUGAGUGCCAUUGCGGGCGCCGCGCGCGUCAAGCAUGCCCUGAGAAAGUUUGGCGCUGCCGAGGGAUCCGUCAUUGGCGAGGGAGGCGAGUUCGAGACGCUCGUGCUCGACGGCCCGCCUAGCUUGUUCCGGAAGGCUAUCGAUGUGCCGGAAUCCGGGAGACGGGUUAUCAAGGAGGGCGGCGGGACGUCGUGGUUGAGCUUUCAGGGGGCGAGUGUUCGCGAGAAGCCAAGCCCAAGUUGCUCCCCGCCCCGGGUGCCCGACCUCCUGGACUCGAGAUUUCAAUCCUUGCUCGAAUCCCUUCCUCAAAUUCAGGAAGCCCUGUUGGACGAAGACUUUGCGGAAUACGGCUGCAGCAUAUCGGCAUUGUCCAAGGUUCCUUCAGAUGACAUUCACUGGUCUCUGGAUGCGGAAGCGGAAGGGGAUCAGAGGCUAUCUAUCGAGCAGCAGACCGAAGAGAUAGUUUACCAGGUUCGAAAACGCCUUGCUGAUCAUUCUCCGCCGCUGCCCACGACAGCCAUCACCAACGCCGUGAUUUCCCUAAGCUCCAUGUCCGAUUUCCCUACGGUCAACGGGAUCUACAGCAAGCUGUUCCAGCAUCCAAAUCCCCCAUCCCGAGUCACCAUCUCGUGCGGCGGGCUCCAGGCGGGAAGCGCCAUCAACAUCCACCUGACGGUAAAGCCAAACCUGGGGCUCCGUGAGCGGAAUGGGCUCCACGUGCAAUCCCGAUCAUACUGGGCGCCUGCAAACAUUGGCCCCUACUCUCAGGCCAUUGACGUGCCUCUGAGUAGCCAGGCGGCGUUGCCGCAAGAUGAGCGAGAAGCGGCCACGGCUGGAGUCAGAGCAGUCACGAUUGCAGGCCAGAUCCCGCUCGUACCGGCGAGCAUGAUCUUACCCACUGAGGAGACGGGCAACUUGGAAACGCAAAUCGUUCUGUCUCUGCAGCAUCUCUGGCGCAUAGCUACUGAAAUGAAGGUGCAGCUCUGGACCAGUGCGGUUGCGUACUUCCCGCACACGCUGGAGGAGGCGGGAAAGAGGCGCCAGAGCCGCCUUGCCGCCGCUGCGUGGAAGGGCGUACAUGCUCCCAACGAAGAUGAGGACGAGGACGGGGACAACGGAUGCGGACCCGACCUCUGGGAUCGCAAGUUCAACCCGGCGUACAUGUCCUUCGGCGACGACGGCCCCGCUCCACAAAAGCUUCCGGACUGGUCCGCCGUCAGGGGCGCGACCGAGGAGGACGAAAGAGAGGGUAGAAGGCCGGUGCCCCCUUUCUUCGCUGUUGAAGUCGAGGAACUCCCCCGUCAAGCUGGCGUGGAAUGGCACGCGCACCUCGGCCUCUGGCGCCUCGCGUCAUCAUCUGUUGAGUAUCAGACCUACAACGUUGAGCCGUCGCAGAAUGUGCCAUUUUACAGAAGGGUGUGCCACGUCGUGAUAUCGGGGGCGCUUGUCCACACCACUAUUUCCUGGCUCGCGAGACAGGGCGCGAACGCUCGCUCACCAACGUCCUUCUCCGAAGUCACCGAGUGGAUGGAACGCGCGUACUUGGAGUCCAUCGGCAGCGGGCAGCGUACGUCGGAGGCCGGCUUCGCGUACCUGAUGUACCUGAACGUGCCGGAGUGCAAUGCCGCGGCCAUGGCACCGGCUGGGGAGGGAGAGGACCAGGACCGCACGACGGCGUACAUCAAAGCCAGAUCCAUCUACGACGAGAAGGGAGAGGUGGUUCUUGCUGUUGGGCUGUGGAAGUAG